AUGCAACAAUCACUGGUCGCUGCCGCAAGGCUUCGAUCUGCCUCACUGUGCCGAGGCUCUGUCACCUCUCUGACCAGCAGGCGAUGCCUUAACUUGUCUGCUAGAAGACAACUCCUCCAACCUAGCAAGCAUGUACGCCCUGCACAGUUCAGACCUUUCUAUUCGAGCACCGCUGCCGAGACUCAACUCGAUAGCGAGGGCAAUGCUCAAUCCAACCUCUUUGCGCCUCUCGACACAUUUGCCCGUAGGCACAUUGGCCCAUCGCCCGACGAUACCAUCGACAUGCUUAAGGCCUUGGACCCUCCUGCAAAGUCACUGGAUGAGUUCGUUACCCAAGUCUUGCCCGGAGACAUUCUCUCGUCUCGUGAUCUGAAGAUUGAAGGGCCCAAGAUCAAGAACAGCAAGGGUCAACCUGGUCAAGAGACGAGUUCAGAGGGUUUCUCAGAGAGCCAGUUGAUUGACAGACUCCGAGAUAUUGCUAGCGGAAACAAGCUGGUCAGAAGUUACAUUGGAUGCGGCUAUGCAGGCACGCGCGUGCCAGAGGUCAUCAAGAGAAACGUCCUCGAGAACCCUGCAUGGUACACAAGUUAUACUCCAUACCAGCCUGAGAUCAGUCAAGGAAGAUUGGAAUCCCUGCUUAACUUCCAGACUAUGGUUUCUGAUCUCACUGGUCUGCCCAUCUCCAACGCAUCUGUCCUCGAUGAGCCCACGGCGGCUGCUGAAGCCAUGACUUUGUCGAUCAACUCCCUCCCGGCCGCCCGCCAAAAGCGCCCCAACAAGGUCUACCUUGUAUCGCACCUGUGCCACCCUCAAACUAUCGCUGUUCUGGCCUCUCGCGCCGAGGGUUUCGGUAUCAAGAUUGAGGUUGACGACAUCCUCAAGGACGGAAGCAAGAGAGUGGAAGAGAUCGGCGAAGACUUGGUUGGUGUUUUGGGACAAUAUCCUGACACUCUUGGUGGAGUCCAGGACUUCAAGAACCUCUCCGAGAAGGUACACAAGCUCAAGGCAACUUUCAGUGUUGCUACCGAUCUGCUCGCUCUGACCGUGCUCACUCCACCAGGAGAGUUCGGUGCGGAUGUGGCUUUCGGAAAUGCUCAGAGAUUCGGUGUGCCAUUUGGCUUUGGCGGUCCUCAUGCUGCCUUCUUCGCCUGUAGCGAACAACACAAGCGCAAGAUCCCUGGUCGUCUGAUUGGUCUCUCCAAGGACAGACUAGGAAACCACGCCGCUCGUUUGGCUCUCCAGACCCGUGAGCAGCACAUUCGUCGCGAGAAGGCCACCAGCAAUAUUUGCACUGCACAGGCCUUGUUGGCAAACAUGAGUGCCAUGUACGCUGUUUACCACGGACCUGAGGGCUUGAAGGCUAUUGCUCACAGAGUCAUCAACUCUACUCGUGUGGUUGCCGAAGCUGCUACGAAGUGCGGAUACACAAUUGAGACUACUGGCCCAUUGUUUGACACUGUUGUCAUCUCAGGAGGCCCUGUUUCUGGCAAGGCUAGUGAUUUCGCCAAGCUCGCUGAGCAAGAGUACAAGACUAAUCUCAGAGUCGUCGAUGAGAACCGCAUUGGUAUCACCCUUGACGAGACUGUGGAGAAGGAAGACCUCCAAGCUAUCAUUGACCUACUCUCUGGUGCCGCCAAGUCAUCAUCGGGGCUUACUGUAGACAGCCUUGUCAAGGAUCUUGGCCUGUCAGCAGACAAGGCCGUUUCCCAUGUACCUGACGAGCUCCGCAGAAAGAGCUCAUUCUUGACACACCCUGUUUUCAACACACACCACUCCGAGACCAAUAUUCUCCGCUACAUUCACCACUUGCAGUCAAAGGAUCUUUCUCUUGUCCACUCCAUGAUUCCUCUCGGAUCUUGCACCAUGAAACUCAACGCCACAACCGAGAUGAUCCCCAUCACCUGGCCGGAAUUCUCAAACAUCCAUCCCUUCGCCCCUCCGGAGCAAGCCAAGGGUUACAAAACUCUGAUUGAUGAACUCGAAGCCGAUCUUGCAGAAAUUACUGGCUUCCACUCGGUGUCAUUACAACCCAACUCUGGUGCUCAGGGUGAGUUUACUGGUCUGCGUGUCAUUCGCAAGUAUCUCGAGCAACAGCCUGGCAAGAAGCGCGACAUUUGUCUGAUCCCGGUCUCUGCUCAUGGUACCAACCCUGCUAGUGCAGCCAUGGCCGGUAUGCGUGUCGUGACCAUCAAGUGUGAGAGCGGCACCGGAAACCUUGACAUGGCAGACUUGAAGGCCAAGUGCGAAAAGCACAAGGAUGAGCUUGGUGCCAUCAUGAUCACAUACCCUAGCACUUUUGGUGUGUUUGAGCCUAAGGUCAAGGAGGCCUGCGAUCUGGUUCACAAGCAUGGCGGUCAAGUGUACAUGGAUGGCGCCAACAUGAACGCACAGAUUGGUCUCUGUUCGCCUGGUGAAAUUGGUGCUGAUGUUUGUCAUUUGAACCUUCACAAGACCUUCUGUAUUCCUCAUGGAGGCGGCGGUCCUGGUGUUGGACCAAUUGGUGUCGCGGAGCAUCUUGCUCCAUUCUUGCCUGGCCAUCCUUUGGUCAAGACUGGUGGCGAGCAAGCCAUUGCACCUAUCAGUGGUGCACCUUGGGGUAGUGCCAGCAUCUUGCCCAUUAGUUGGGCAUACGUGAAGAUGAUGGGCGCUCGUGGCUUGACACACGCCACCAAGAUCACAUUGCUGAACGCCAAUUACAUUCUUUCUCGUCUGCGUCCUCAUUACCCUAUCCUCUACACCAACGACAACGGUCGCUGCGCUCACGAGUUCAUCUUGGAUAUCCGCAAGUUCAAGGAGUCUGCUGGAAUUGAAGCUAUCGAUGUUGCGAAGCGUCUUCAAGACUAUGGCUUCCACGCACCGACGAUGAGCUGGCCCGUCGCUAACACGCUGAUGAUUGAGCCCACAGAGUCAGAGAGCAAGGAGGAGCUAGAUCGCUUCUGUGAUGCUCUGAUCUCCAUCCGCAAGGAAAUCACAUUGAUUGAGGAAGGCAAGCAACCCAAAGAAGGAAACGUGCUCAAGAUGGCACCUCACAGUGUCAAGGAUAUUGUGACUUCAGACUGGGAGUCGAGACCCUACAACCGUGAGACAGCAGCUUAUCCUUUGCCUUGGCUCAAGGAGAAGAAGUUCUGGCCUAGCGUCACCAGACUUGACGAUGCAUACGGAGACAUGAACCUCUUCUGCACCUGCGCCCCGGCAGAGACCUUCGAAGACAUGACUGGUGCUGCAGCACCCAUGCCUACUUAA